UCAGUCAGCUGUUUCAGCUAUUAUAACACACAAAUUUCGAGUAUUCGGCGUUUUUUACAUUUGUGUAUUUUGAAUAAAAAAAUUCAGUGGGCGCCAUGACUGACGAUUCGCUCGGCAACAGCUUCAAUGUCGCCGCCGCCGCUGAUGAUGAUGAUGAUUUAAAUCUUGACAACGAGGCGGCAGAGAUUAGGCGAUUGCAGCUGCCGACUUCAACGGAGCCUCUGGCACAGGAUGAUGAUGAGCGUGUUGCGAACAUCGAGUUCAAGUGCAGCUCUUGUGAUAUGCACGAGAUGGUGCAUUUCUAUGGUCGGGCGCCGCCCUUUGCCCUGGGUGUCAAAUUUCGUGAGGAUAGCUAUGUUUUACGCGAUCCAUUCCAGGCACCUCCGCCACGUUGGCAAUCCAAGCCAGAGUUUUAUGUAUCAUUGGGCGCCAAGUGCGCUAUUUGCGGCCAAGUUGUGUGCAAGGAUACGUCCUGCAGUUUCUAUUAUACAAAGACACAUUGCCUGCCUUGUGCCAGGGCCGAACUUAAGACUUGGCCCGUUGAGGCGCAAAGUCGGCUACGCAAGCAAUUGGCGGCCAAAAAAUAGUAGCACUGCGACUGAUUCGAUUAUGCACAUAGUUUUUAAAUAUACUCAUUACGUUACUUGUUAUUUUUUGUCUAUUGGAUAAAACGGGACUUCCAACAACUGCUAUUUAGCGCAGAAAAGAACAUGUUAACCAACUGUUAACGCGUGCGUGUCCUGUAAUUUAGGCGUCGGUAGGCCCAAAAAUGUUAACGCAUAUAUCUGUCUCUACGAUUAAAUACAUGCAAUACAUAACAUA